AGAAAAGGUGAUUCUGUGGGCUUUGCUUUGGGUGUGUAGCAGCAGCCAGCGGUAGUAGUAUUAAAAAUUGUUUAAUUGCUGUCUGUGUGUAUUAGUAAUAGUAUAGUAUGAAUUGAAUUCAGUAAUCAUAAAUGAUCGAAUUGAACUUUCUUUCUUCCUUGUAUUACUCACUCAGCACAGCAGAAUACUCAAACAGGUAGUUAGUAACUAAUCUUAUCAUCAUCAUCAUCAUAUCAUAAGCAUGAUGAACAUGAAACCUUCUUCUUCUUCUUCUCAAUGUCAAAGUUUCACCUUAUUCAAUUUCAACCAUAGACAUAAACCUUCAUCAUCAUCAUCAUCAUCAUCAUCAUAUACAUCAUCAUGUAGUAGUAGUAGUAGUAGUAAAUUUCAUAGUUGUUAUGGCCCACACUUAUUUUCACUCAACAAUUCCCGCCGCUUCUUAACCCUUCGCUCUUCUAAACCCUCUUUUGUUUCUCACCUCAAUCAACAACAACAACAACAACACUCUCUUCUCGAUGAUUCUCAUCACAACCACCACGAAGACGCCGAAGCCACACCUCAAUUAUCAUCUGUCAACCAAACUCAAAAUCAGAAUCAAAAUGAAAAACAAGGUUACUUCAAAUCAAUUUCAGAUGUGAAACGUGAGAUUAUAUUGCUAACUUUGCCUGCACUUGCUGGACAAGCGAUUGAUCCAAUGGCUCAAUUGAUGGAAACUGCUUACAUUGGUCGACUUGGUACUCUUCAAUUGGCUUCCGCUGCUGUUUCUGUUUCCAUUUUUAACAUCAUUUCAAAGCUAUUUAAUAUUCCACUUCUUAGUGUUGCUACUUCUUUUGUUGCUGAAGACAUGGCAAACAUUUCUGCUUCAGAUCAGGGUGGUAGUAUAGAAAUUACUGGUAAUGGUAAUCCUUUCAAAGCAGUUUAUCAAAGAAACCAGUUGUCGUCUGUUUCCACUGCUUUGCUAUUAGCUUUGGGGCUUGGACUUUUUGAGGCUUUUGCUUUGUAUUUUGGAUCUGUAACAUUUCUUCGUUUAAUCGGUGUGUCACCGGGAAAUCCAACACUUGUUCCAGCACAGAAAUUUCUCUCUUUAAGAGCAUUUGGUGCUCCUGCAGUUGUGCUUUCUUUGGCUCUUCAAGGAAUUUUUCGUGGUUUUAAAGAUACUAAAACUCCUUUUAUAUGUCUAGGCAUUGGUAAUCUUUCGGCAGUCUUUUUGUUUCCCUUACUUAUGUAUUACUUUAAGUUGGGUGUAGCCGGUGCAGCCAUUUCCACUGUUCUCUCUCAAUAUAUUGGGACCUUGUUGAUGAUCUGGUGUCUAAAUAAGAGAGCUGUGUUACUACCUCCAAAAAUGGGAAACCUACAAUUUGGCGGUUAUAUUAAGUCUGGUGGUUUCCUUCUUGGAAGAACACUUGCUGUUCUUACAACCAUGACAUUGGGGACAUCAAUGGCUACUCGUCAUGGUCCAGUAGCUAUGGCUGCACAUCAAAUAUGUAUGCAAGUGUGGUUAGCUUUUUCUCUUCUUACAGAUGCUUUGGCUGCAUCUGGUCAGGCCCUAAUUGCAAGUUCUCUAUCAAGACAUGAAUACAAAGCUGUGAAGGAAAUUACUCAUUUUGUAUUAAAGAUUGGACUGCUGACAGGCAUCUGCUUGACUGCAAUUCUGGGUGUAUCUUUUGGAUCUUUAGCUACCCUUUUUACCCAGGACUUAGAAGUCUUGCAGGUUGUCAGAACUGGAGUGUUGUUUGUCAGCGCUUCUCAACCUUUUAAUGCACUUGCUUAUGUUUUUGACGGUCUCCAUUAUGGUGUUUCUGAUUUCCCAUAUGCUGCUCUCUCCAUGAUGUUUGUGGGAGCAGUCUCCUCAGCAUUUUUGGUAUAUGCCCCUUCACAUUUUGGCCUUCAAGGUGUAUGGCUGGGCUUGACUCUCUUCAUGGCACUUCGUGUAGUUGCUGGUUCUGUCAGAUUACUAUCAAAGAAUGGUCCUUGGUGGUUUCUACACAAGGAUUUCCAGAUUGCAGAGAUGGUCUCUUAAUUCUAAGACGGGGGGACUAUGAAUGAAACCGUGGACCUGAUGUUUUACAGGAUGAUUAUCUGCACAGGAUACAAUAUUUAGAUGUUAAGUUACAAUUUUGGUUUUUCUGCAGUGCUUAUGUAGGAAAUAGUUUUUACAAGCACUUCGUAAUGAAUCAGUUUCUGAUCUAAUCCAUAGUACAU